UUUACAGCCAUACCUGUCCAUGACUCUUUGAGAAAAUUAUAAUGUCCCUUUGUGCCUCUUCUCACAAGGAGUUUUCCUAGCUGUGACCUAUUCAAGACAAUGGAUAUCAAAAACUCACCAUCUAACCUUAACUCUCCUGUCUCCUACAACUGCAGUCAAUCUGUCCUGCCCCUGGAGCCAGGCCCCAUAUAUAUCCCUUCCUCCUAUGUAGAAAGCUGCCAUGAAUAUUCAGCCAUGACAUUUUAUAGCCCUGCUGUGGUGAAUUACAGUAUUUCCAAUAACUCCGAAGUUGGGCCUGGUCGACAGGCCACAAGCCCCAAUGUGUUGUGGCCAACUCCUGGACACCUCUCUCCUUUAGCCAUCCAUUGCCAGCCGUCACUUCUGUAUGCAGAACCUCAAAAGAGUCCUUGGUGUGACACAAGAUCACUAGAACACACCUUACCUGUGAACAGAGAGACAUUGAAAAGGAAGGCUAGUGGGAGCAGUUGUGCCAGCCCUGUUACCAGUCCAAGUUCAAAGAGGGAUGCCCACUUCUGUGCUGUCUGCAGUGAUUAUGCGUCAGGAUAUCACUAUGGAGUCUGGUCGUGUGAAGGAUGUAAGGCCUUUUUUAAAAGAAGCAUUCAAGGACAUAAUGAUUAUAUUUGUCCAGCUACAAACCAGUGUACGAUAGAUAAGAACCGGCGUAAAAGCUGCCAGGCCUGCCGACUUCGAAAGUGCUAUGAAGUCGGAAUGGUGAAGUGUGGCUCCCGGAGAGAACGGUGUGGGUACCGCAUAGUGCGAAAGCAGAGAAAUUCUGAGGGGCAUCUGCACUGCCUGAGCAGAGCCAAGAAGAAUGGUGAUCACACAACCCGAGUGAAGGAGCUGCUCCUGAGCACCCUGAGCCCAGAGCAGCUGGUGCUCACGCUCCUGGAGGCCGAGCCACCCCACGUGCUGGUGAGCCGCCCCAGCACGCCCUUCACCGAGGCCUCCAUGAUGAUGUCCCUGACCAAGCUGGCCGACAAGGAACUGGUACACAUGAUCAGCUGGGCCAAGAAAAUUCCAGGCUUCGUGGAGCUCAGCCUGUACGACCAAGUGCGGCUCCUGGAGAGCUGCUGGUUGGAGGUGCUCAUGGUGGGGCUGAUGUGGCGCUCCAUCGACCACCCCGGCAAGCUCAUCUUUGCUCCAGACCUCGUUCUGGACAGGGAUGAAGGGAAAUGUGUAGAAGGAAUUCUGGAAAUCUUUGACAUGCUCCUGGCAACGACUUCAAGGUUUCGUGAGUUAAAACUCCAACACAAGGAGUAUCUCUGUGUCAAGGCCAUGAUCCUCCUCAACUCCAGUAUGUAUCCUUCAGCUGCAGCCCAAGAGGCUGAGAGCAGCCGGAAGCUGACUCAUCUGCUGAAUGCCGUGACUGAUGCCCUGGUCUGGGUGAUCGCCAGGAGUGGUGUCCCCUCCCAGCAGCAGUCUGUCCGCCUGGCCAACCUCCUCAUGCUCCUUUCUCAUGUCAGACAUGCCAGUAACAAGGGCAUGGAACACUUGCUCAACAUGAAGUGCAAAAACGUGGUCCCCGUCUACGACCUGCUGCUGGAGAUGCUGAAUGCCCACACUCUUCGUGGCAACAAGUCCUUGGUCACGGGGUCUGAGCGCAGCUGGACGGAGGAGAGUGAGAGCAAAGAGGGCCCCCAGAAACCCCAGGUUCAGUGAUGCCCAGCCUCAGACACGGGGCGUCAGGCUGCAGAGAGGGCUCAGGCUGAAAUGUGAACUCCAGCGUGAAUCGUGAGCCCCAUAAGCAGUGGGUGGACUUCAUAGACUUUCUGCUGUGUGGUCCCUCCUGUGGCUGUGGCAGGUUCAGCCAAGACCACCGGGUGUCAGGGUGAGAGUCAGUGAUCCUUGUCACCAGGGCCACGUUUGAGUGCAGAGCUUAUUUCUUGCUUGGCCUCUUGGGGUCUCAUUGUGGUCCCUCUCUUACUUCCCAUCUCCCUUCUACCCUUUGGAAAACAUCUUACAGGUUUUAGAAGGAAAGGUGGAAAUGUGACUCGGAAGGGUUGUCAAGUAGAAGGGGAAAGGAUGUGGUACAUGCAUGGGAAGGGACCAGCCUUUAUCAUGUGACUCAGCCUGCCCUUACCAUUGUCCUUUGUAUGCUGCCUCCUGGACCAUUUGAUUGUAGGACUGAAAACCACGUCGACGACAAUCAACUAACUGGUUCCACAGACCUACCUCACAGGCCUGAGGAUGGAUGUCCCAUGUUGCUGUGACUUUGUCCAGGGCCAGAGGGAAUGUGACCUAGGGAGCCAGUGGUCAAGCUGAGAUGUGGGCCACAUCCUCCCCCUAGACCCUGGGACCAUGCUGCUGUCUUCAUGAAGGUUCAGCCAUCUUGAUUUGCAUUCAGAGCCUGUGAAUUAUUUGGUGGUGUGUGUGUGUGUGUGAUCAAAUUCAUAGAGGAGUGUGGAGAUCCCAAUACCCCUGCCUUGGAACUCUCCUUUCUCCGAAAUCGCCUGUCCCAAGGAGCCCAGCACGUGUGCUGAUGAAAGGACCAACAUUUGCAGGAAUGGGGUUUCUCCUGUGGGUGUGGGUCGCAGCCAUGAUGCUUCCCUAGGGCAGCUACAGCUGCCAUAUCAGCCAUCUGGGGGGGACAGGGACACUUCAGGCUGUGUGUGUGGAAUGCUCUCCUCUAGAGGGAUGAGCAGUCACACACAUCAGCAUGCCAGGUUCAGGGCCAAGCUGCUUAUGAUGGAUGAGCAACACACCUGAACAAGAAUGUGCACUCUGUUUAAAAAAGAGAAGUAUUUAGGGGUCAUUAUUUACAGCAAGAAAGAAUGCUUUUAUACCCUAGGGCUCUUUUAAAAUAUUUUCGUAUCAAAACAUUU